AUUCUACCUUACGAUUCUAUGGGAUUGAUACAGGCGAGCCAGUAGCGGGAGCUUCCUGCAAGAUUGUGAUCUGUUCUUAAGCUUCCUGUGCUCAUUUCCGAAUUUAAGCAUGGGGAAGAACAGCAGGAAUAAUGUGUAACAAUCCGCUGAUGAGGAAAACGUUGAAUCAAUCGUAAAAUUAUUUUCAUUGACUAUGGUGAACAAGACCAAGAAACCGCAUCAGAUAUGAAAUCUGUCUCUCGUGCUUUUAUCCUGGAUGGAAUCAGUUGAUGCGCAGAAACGCAACUGAUCUGGUUCGAGAUGAUGCCACAUCCUCACAGUAUCCACUUCCCAUCCGAUAUCCACCUUUAUUUAUUCCUGGCCUGACCAGAAUGGUAACAUUUUGGAUUUUUGGGAAACUCUGAUGUUCAGUGUUCCCCUCUUUCUCUCUUUGAGGUCCUGUCUAUCACUUUUGGUAUCUUAAUACUUUACACAUGAGAGCCAUAAUGCGCAUCACCUUUUGUCAGGCCCUAAUAACUGGAGCGAUAGUUCUGAACUUGUUCAUUUUAUAUUAUGUGUCACGAACCCAGCAGCAGAUAAUGGAGAAACGUCGAGAGCAGGGGAAGGGCUUGAAGAAAGCUUCAUUGCCUGUGUCAGGUCUGGGAGCUAUGAGUAGCCUGGUGGGUGGAGGUAUGGUUGGAGGCGUCAAAGUGGGAAGCAUCGAGGGCAACAUGCGAGCUCCCCGUGUGACAGUCCUUGUUCGGGAGUUUGAAGACUUUGAGAACUACGUUCCCGAUGUGGCCCGUUCCUUUCUGCGACAGAGACCAGAGUUGCCCUUCUUGGCUGUGGCUGAUACUGCACCGUACCCUCCUUUGGCACUUCCAGAGGGAGCACGCCUCCUGGUGUUGUCCCCGAGUCCUGACCAGCCUCCGCAAACUCACCGGCCUGAGUUUAACGUUCAGACUGAGUUCGCUUUGUUGGUUCCAGAUGGUGUUGAGCUCGAUCAUGGCCGACAAGUGGAACGGCUCAUCAGGGAGCUCGAAGGCGAGGGUGGCGGGCCGGUGCGACUGGUCGCCGCCCCCGUGCUGACCCGCUCGGCGGUGCAGUGCCUGCACCUGCGGGUUAAUCUGCGGGAAUGGACCGCAACCUACACUCCUGCAGCUUCGGGGAGCAGCGGUAGCGUUUGCACAGCCCUGCAGGGAGACGCUGUGGUGCUUAUUCGUACCGAGGACCUCUUUAAUCUUUCGGUUCCUUUGGGGCGCCCCCUGAUGUUUUCCUUGUUUGUACAGACGUCUCUGCGAGGCUGGAAAGUCAAGCUGUUAGAAGGACCUUCGUUCUCUGCUGGUCACCGUCCGCUGUUCAGCUCAGCACAUAACCAGUGGAAAGCUGACAGUCGGCUGAAAGAUGCCACCAGUCACCUCAUGCGCAGCUUUGGUAUUAAACGCGUGGUGUUGCCAGAUGGACGAGAUCAGUGGUUUGGUUGCAGCAAGGAGACACCACGAUGCUUUGGUACGGUGCGAGACGACACGCCCGAGUAUCUUUAUUUGGAGCGCUGGACUCCACCUUGUUGCUUGCGCGCCCUCAGAGAGACCACUAAAUAUGUGAUCAACAUCCUGGAGAGCUCUGGUGUGCGUUAUUGGCUGGAAGGUGGCUCUUUGCUCGGUGCCGCCCGGCACCAAGACAUAAUCCCCUGGGACUACGACGUGGACUUGGGCAUCUACCUGGAAGAUAUUCCGAAUUGCGACUACCUGAAAAAUUUGGACUCCGGAUCGCUGGUGGAUGCCAACGGGUACGUAUGGGAGCGAGCGGUGGAGGGUGACUUCUACCGUGUGCAGUACAGUGAAGCUAACCACCUGCAUGUGGAUUUGUGGCCGUUCUACCCUCGCAACGGAGUUAUGACCAAGGACACCUGGACUGAGCACAAACAAGAUGUUGAGUUUCCAGAGCAUUUCUUGCAACCGCUGGUGCCGAUGCAGUUCGCCGGCAUCAGCGCUUAUGGUCCUAACAACCACCGUGCCUUUUUGGAGCUCAAGUUUGGGGAGGGGGUUAUUGAGAACCCUCAGUAUCCCAACCCUGGCAAGAAAAAGCUAGACAGGAGUCGCACAACAGGAUCGUAGCAGGCAAUAAUGUUUGGUUUUUGGACUUGAAUGAAAUCCUUCCAUAGACUAUCACUGUUAGAUUAACACAUACUUGAAUGUCAGUAUUUUAUGCCAGUUUUAUUUAUUGUGUGUGUUUGUAAAGAAAGUUGUUACUAAAUGUAUGUAAAAUAUUAAUAAAAUCUGAUGUUCUUUAAAUAACAAAUAUUUAACACACUGCAGUUUUUUUAAAUAAAGAUUGACAUUAUACCAUAUUAAAGUUGUUAGAGACAUAAAAGGUUACACUGGCAUUAACGUGUCAUCAAAAAAUGGUGCUGUUCGCCAAAUAUUUGGCAUGCUAUCCGAGAGGAGCACUCCGAGCUUGGAAUUUUAGCUUCCCUUCCAUAACUUGAAUGGGUACCAGCCGAGAGUGAAGCAAUGAGGUGGAGGACUGUUGGGACAUAAGUGAGGGACGGCUAUAUAUAGAGACAUCUUUGCACUGAUUGGUUGGAUAACAUGACCAUUCUCUACUUAACUUUAGUUAAAUAAACUUUAUUAUUUGUUUAUGUCUGUUAACGCAGAUUUAAUGUGAUGUUGAAAGAGGUAGAAAUGUUUGUUUUUUCUGAAAUAAUAUGCUUAGGAACCGCUAUAAAAAUAAGCUACCUUUUAUGCACUUAUUCACUUUAUUAAUAAUACUUGCACAAAAUAGUUUUGUAUUGGUUAUUUUGACUGAAUACUUUAAGCACUGUUUUGUAAAUAUACUUUGUCUGUCUUUAUAAUAUCCUUGUAUAUUCGGUAUGUUUUGGGGACUGGAGUCAGUCUUGAGUAGGCCUAUCUACUUCAGUUUGUGGCAACCUUUGAAAGUUUAUUGUUUUGUUUGAAUGUUUAUUUGUUUCACAUCAAUUGUGUUUAUGCAUGAUACAGUUCAUUAGGUAUAUAAAUAGAGAGUCGGGCUUGAGUCAUUUGGUCAGCAAACAUACAAAAAUAACAAUCCAGCAGCAUAAACAAACACAAAAAAUUAUUUCUGUAUUCACUUGCUGUUUUGUCUUUAAAUAUUUCUGUGUAUUUCGAGUAUGUGAAAAUAAACCACCACACAGUGUCACUGCUGAGGUUUAUAUUUGCUGUUCGUGUAAAAA